GCCGCGGGGCCCGGAGGGAGGGGGAGGGGCGCGGCGGGACCGGAGAGCAGCCCCCACCCCCUCGCCGGCCCCCCGGCCUCCGCAGGGCAAGAGCCGCCGCCGCUACUCGCCGCCGCCGAGCGGGGUCUGUGACCUCCCCCCACCCCGGACGGCGGACCGAGAGACAGUCAAUGAAAAGUUGGAAGAAGAGAAGCUCAGUACGGUCGCUCCUGCAGAUAAUAGUAAACAUUACCAGGCACUUUUCUAAGCGUUCUGUAUCUCAUGCUGGGGAAGAACCCAAGGGCAUUGAAUGAAGUCAGACCCCCCUCCCCCCAGCAUCUUCAAGGCAGAGAUCAGUUAUGUGGCACUCAAAGGUGCAGAAGAAUCUGGUUUUUAACCACUUCAUAAGUAUUGGAGAGCUGCAUCGUAUAUGACAUGGCACCAUAUAUGCUUAUCAACUACGUCUUGGAGUGUGUGGUGGUAGAAGAAUGGGUCCUUGACUUUAGAAGUUGAGGAUUCUUGCUGUUUUGCCAAGAGCUGGUGGGGAAGGACCUGAUGGCCGCAAGGGGCAGGUGCCUCUUGCAGGAGAAACAGAGUGAGAGGGAAGAAUUGCGUGCUGUGAAUAUUUAAUGGACCAGAGACCUUUUGAACCCCAAAGGAAGACCAUCUUUGAGACUUUGUGGUUACCAAGGCGGUCCACGGAGAGAGGUCGGACUGGCGGGCCCGGAAAGCAGGGCACUGUCCCCGCGGCUGGCUUCCAGGGUUGGAAAUACCGAGUAAGGAAUUAGUGUGUAGGAUGCUGGAAACUUGUAGAGACAAACCACUCAUGACCGAAAGGCCUAGAACCGAUGUAUCUUUCAUGCUCUUACCAAGAAGACAGCUCUGAAGAAGAUGAUGGGUCAGGAAGACCAGUGGAAAACUCCCUAGGAGAGAGCCAGAGAAGAUGUACGCUUCAGAAGAGAGAGAGAAUCAGAGAACUCAGAGAAGGAAAGUCUAUCAUGUAUGCCCUCAGAAGGGUAAAACAAUUUUUAUCCACGUGCAUGAGAUUACUCAGCUAGACGGUCAGCUGCACCAGUGCCUUGAACGUGAGCAAAACUUCUGUGAACACUUGGCUCUUAUUAUGUGCGAGAGAGCCCAUCCUGGCGAGAAACCUUACAGAUGUGACAUGUGUGAGAAAAGCUUCGUCCAAAGCUCCGACCUUCUCUCACACCAGAGGAUCCACACUUACGAGAAACCGUAUAAAUGCAGCAAAUGCGAGAAGAGCUUCUGGCACCACCUCGCCCUUUCAGGGCACCAGAGGACACACGCGGGUAAGAAGUUCUACACGUGCGACAUCUGUGGCAAGAAUUUCGGCCAGAGCUCCGACCUGCUUGUGCACCAGCGAAGCCAUACGGGCGAGAAGCCGUAUCUGUGUAGCGAGUGUGACAAGUGCUUCAGUCGAAGCACAAACCUCAUAAGGCACCGAAGAACUCACACGGGAGAGAAACCGUUUAAGUGUCUGGAGUGUGAAAAGGCUUUUAGUGGGAAAUCCGACCUCAUCAGCCACCAGAGGACUCACACCGGUGAAAGGCCCUACAAGUGCAACAAGUGUGAGAAGAGUUACCGCCACCGCUCGGCCUUCAUCGUCCACAAGCGAGUCCACACCGGCGAGAAGCCCUACAAGUGCGGCGCCUGUGACAAGUGCUUUGGCCAGAAGUCCGACCUCAUCGUCCACCAGCGCGUGCACACGGGGGAGAAGCCGUACAAGUGCCUGGAGUGCAUGCGGAGCUUCACGCGGAGCGCCAACCUCAUCAGGCACCAGGCGACUCACACGCACACUUUCAAAUGCCUGGAAUACGAGAAGAGUUUCAGCUGUAGCUCAGACCUUAUUGUGCAUCAGAGGAUCCACAUGGAGGAGGAACCGCGCCAGUGGCCUGCGUGCGACAGCGGCUUCCUCCUGGGCAUGGACUUUGUUGCCCAGCAGAAAAUGAGAACUCAGACGGAGGAGCUGCGCUACAAGUACAGCGCGUGCGACGCAGCCUUGCCCCAGGGCCCCGGCCUUCCGCCGCAGCAGCCCGGCCGCGGCGGCGAGAAGGCUCUUGCGCUCAGCCCGCCCCGCGCCUCCGAAGCCUCACAGACGUCUUGAUCGGACAAAGAGUUCUAAUACCCUAACGAGUGUACGUUCAUGUCCGAGAACUCGUAAGACAAAAGGACUCUAGGCAAAUCUCCGGCUUUCCUCCGAGUUCAGACUUCAUGGGGACCAGAGAGUGCAGUCGUGGGAAGUUGCCAAAUGGUUUGCCCGGAGAGCUGCCCGAGCAGGACACUUGAUCAGUCACUCCAGUGAGAAACCUUACGAAUGCCCUGCAUUCUGGAAAAUCUGUAGUCCAAGCUCAUGUCUGAUCACCCACAGGGCGAUCCGUACGGGUGGGAAACCUUGCAAAUGCGGUGAGUGUGAGAGAACUUUCUAGCAGUGCCCACCCGUCCUCAUCCCAAGGGGAUUCACGCCAAGGACUUUGUAAAUGCCCUCAUGGUCAGCAAGCUUCAGACAGCACGCACACGGCAUCGGAGGUCGGAAGCCCACGGUGGGGAGAAGUACGUAAGGAGCUUCUGACAGAACUAUGACUUUCUUACUCUUCAGAGAAGCCAUACUGGUGGAAGUGUGUCUGUUUGUCCUGAGCGUGGCAGAUGCAUUCGUUGGGAGAGCCUUCUUGGGUUUGCACCAAAGAAACCCGAUCUGAGGAAAGACCGUAGAGUCUCUGAACGCGGAAAGCUUCUGUCCGCGCCCGCCCCCACGGCUCUCGGGCGCUCACAUGAGUGGAAAAGCCCCGCGAUCUGCAGAACGCCUUGUGAGAAACUCUCCUACCUUACUGGGUCCCACAGGGCGUGCUCUGCAGAGAAGUCUCUGCCAGGGAGAGACCGAUUGUGGACCGUGUCAUACCGUAGGUGUGGAGCGAACUACUCUGCUAGUUAGUUGACCCACACGGUAGAGAGGACUUCUCACGGAGUCGGUAUGUGAACAGGUGUUUGGACCCCCAGGAUCCUGUUCUGGGGGGGCCAGGGCAGGUCGCGGUGGGCCUCAUGGGUAACUCAGGUAAAGAUGCUUUUCUUUUAUCUGAACCACUUAAUGAUUACUUUCGCUUUUUAAAAUUUGGAAAUCCAGUAAAGGAAAGGAUGUAACCUUGUGAUAGAAGGUGUGACACGUUACUGUCGGCGGAAAGGAUUCUGUUGCCUUUGCCUCUGUCCCAUUUUUUAUUCUGGACCAGAAUGGGGACCAGUGUACAGUAGCCUGGGAACCGUUUGCUGGCAGUGAAAAGACCUGAACGGCCGGGGAGUAGUCACCCUAGAUCAGAGCCCUCCCCAGAGUUCCCCCUGCGGAGGGCCAACCUUACGGAGAGAGGCAGAGCACUCAGCUUUUGUCUGCUUUGUGCGUUAAGGCGUCCGCUCAGAGUUUCCGUUCCCUGAAAUAGCUCUGAGAUGAUCACUGGUAUUGGAAAUCUCAGCUUUAGAGAUGAAUUUUUUCCAACUCAGAAAUGCAAAUUUCAGCAGAAUGGUCCUGAUGUUGCUGGCGUGUGCGUAGUUGAGACUUCAUCACGUCUCUUUCAGUGAUAAGAUGCGCUCCCCCGCUCUUAGCAGAGUGAUUAAGGGAACCAUAAGAACGGUGUAAGCCUGAGUGGGCACAGAAUAGAACACAUAAUGAUGUGUUAUUAAUGAAGGAGCUAAACUUCUUGAUUCUGAGUAUCCCGACUCCAAAGCUGGUGUUCUUGUCACUCUGUUCGCCUGCUGUUUAUAUAGCAAAUCAAGCCCCAUGAUGAUACACGCCUUUGGUUUAUUUCAGUUCUGCCCAGGAAAGAGAGAAUACUUUUUAUUCCCAGGGAAAGGAUUGCAGUCACCACAACACAAGGUAUCUGUUUGACUUGGAAUGUAGGAUUCUACAUGCUAGAAGGGAAAAUUAGUUGGCAGAUUCAUCAGAGGUUUAAGGAUGAGCAUGUGCCCGCAACUUACCAGGAUAAUUAUGAUUAUCUUUAACAUUCUCUAGAAAUACUGUAAUUAAUGCAGGGAUUAUAAAUAGACAGUUCUGAGGGUUUUUUUCCUUUCUCUCAGAUUAAGAGACAUUCAGCAUAAAUACUUAAGAUUCCUACAGUAUCUAGGACUGUAGACGGAUGAGUGCAUAUAUUGUGGCUAGCGCGGCUUCUCUGGGUUAGUUCAGCAAGCCCCUGACCGCCAGAGAGCGCGCAUUUGGACUCGUGGGUGGCCAGCCGCUGCCUUGUGUGUGGCUCUGAGCUUUGAUCCUAGUGACUGGUUGGUGAUCUUCCUAACCUUGGGGUCCGUGGAUAGAGCAUAUGGUGGUAAUAAGGAAUCUGAUUCUAGGGGAUUUUUUUUGUUUGUGUGUUUUUUUGUUUUUUUGGGUUUUUUUGAAAACAAAUGCUGGAAGUUUAUUCCGUCUCAUGUGUUUUAGCAAUUUUCAAGUAGCUUUUACACCAUGAAAAGUUGCCCAGUGUGAUAAAACACGCAAGAUGUAUCUGUUUCUCUUUGGUGCAAACCAUCCCCAUCACUAGUUGUAAUACUUAAAAUGGUAUUGGGUGUAUGGCCUGGUGGUGGUGACAGUCCUUGUGGCUGCUUGUGAGUCAUUAGAACUUGGAGAAGGGGCAGAGUGUGUAUCCUUGGCCGGGCAGUGACUUGCCCCUUCUUUCAACUAAUCCUACUGGUAAUUGUCUCUAGUCUUUUGAGUAAAUUAAGGAUGGACCAUCCCUCGGAAGGAGAACAGUAGGGGUACGGGCCGGGUCUGAGGGUGAGGGCGUUUAACUGUGGGGGAGAAGGUGUUGGUGUUACCCCUAGAGCGAACCUGAGGUUGGAGAGGACCACUUGGGAGCCUGUAACCAAAACUGGAAGGUAGCUUCUGGGACGGAUGGGGGUUCUCUCGAGACAGCGCCAACCUAAAUCUACCUCAGGUAAGUAGUUAGAGCACCUUUCAGGGUUCCAGACCAAACGAGACACUUGUACUCAGUCCGUGUGUUCCUACGCUUUAAUGUUUUUGUUUCUCCUUAAUUCUUAAAUAAACUUCUAUUCUGAAAAACUC